GUCUGCAGUCGGAGGACAGAGAGUGCGCCUUCGCAGACCAGGGGGUGGAGCCUCACAGCGGGCCAACCAAUGAGCUACGAGGAGUGGUGCAAGACAACGGCACAGUGCGCUGCAUCCGUGGCUCCCGCUGCUAUGGACUAUGGGAAAAGAAACCAGACGGGGAAAUACAGCUGGUCAAGCAAGGCUGCUGGACUCACAUUGGCAACCAGCAGGAGUGUAAUGGCGACCGUUGCCUGGUAAUAGCGACACCAUCUCUGAUCCAGAAGGGCUCCUACAGGUUCUGCUGCUGCAACCGGGACCUCUGCAACGCCAACUUCACAGAGGCCCCGCCCACCGCAGACACCCCUGCCCUCAGGCUGAUAAAGACGGAUGGACGGGAUGACAGCCAGACAGACCGCCAGCCGCUGCGUAGGGAGGAGACGGUGCUCAUCGCCCUGGUAACCGUUGCCAUAGCAGCCAUCUUCAUUGUGGCAUUGUUCCUGGUAUACCGCAUGAUGAAAGGAAAACAGAAACUGAGUCUGUCAGCUCUGGAUGUGAUGGAGGCUGCAAACAGCGACGCUGCUGUCGACCUGGAUCACCUCAAACUACUGGAGCUGAUUGGUCGGGGCCGUUAUGGCACGGUGUUUCGUGGCUGUCUGAACGAGCGCUGCGUGGCUGUCAAACUCUUCACCUCGGCCAACCGGCAGAACUACGCCAACGAGCGCUCCAUCUACUGCCUGCCGCUGCUGCAGCACCACGACAACAUCGCCCGCUUCCUGACCGCCGACGAGAGGACGACGAGCGACGGGCGACCCGAGUUCCUGAUCAUCAUGGAGUUCUACCCGCAUGGCUGUCUGUCCCGUUACCUGUCUGUCCACACAGUGGACUGGUCCACCUGCUGCAGGAUGACUCACGGUGUGACCAGAGGACUCGCCUUCCUGCACACUGAACUCUACAGA